UAGUAUUGAUUAAGAAGUAAAAGAAGAAGAGGGGAAAGAUCCGAGGAAACUGAAAAAGACCCAAGGCUCAUUGCUAUAAUGAGCUGGGGCUCCUCCCUCUUCACCCCUUCCCUCCAUCCUUGAUUCCGAUCUACCGAUUCUUCUUCGAUUCACCACACAUAUUACUAAUUAUUAUUAUGGCCGCUCGAUUUUUGUUUUUUCUCCUCCUUGGGGUGCUAACGCGCGCCGACCCCGUUAGGGUUCCGUUGCCUCCGGGAUUGUGUCGGUUAAACUCCGUCAAAGACUUCCUCUUUGCUCCUACCGACGAUGUUUGCUCCUGCGAUGCUGAGUUUUCGUACACCACUGGUGUAAUUGAGGGGGAUGAAGUCACUUUGCAAAAGGCGCUGAACAUUAUUCACAAAAACGAACACGAUUAUGUUGCGCUUCUCUUCUAUUCAUCUUGGUGUCCUUUUUCUGGACCGUUUAGACCAAGCUUCUCCUUGUUGUCUUCGAUCUUUCCUUCCAUUCCUCAUUUUGCAAUCGAAGAAUCAGCUGUAAGGCCAAGCAUUCUAUCGAAAUAUGGAGUUCACGGAUUUCCGACUUUGCUUCUCCUAAACUCCACCAUGCGCAUGCGCUAUCAGGGUUCUCGCACACUCGAUUCUCUCAUCUCUUUCUACGAUGAAUUUACUGGCAUAAAGGCGUCAGAUAAUGGAGUAUCUUUCGACAAGAUUGGAUGUUCAGGAAACAACAAGAAGAACGAAAAUUACCAAGAAACCUGUCCUUUCCCAUGGGCUAAAUCUCCCGAGAAUUUGUUUCAACAAGAAACCUAUUUGACCCUGGCAACAAUUUUUGUGAUUUUGAGAUUGCUACACUAUAUUUUCCCGACAAUACGAAGAUGCACUCGAUUAGCUUGGAGGAGGUACACUGUACACGUGAGUGUGAGUAAUCUGUGGGAGCAUCUUUCUGUCUACCUUAACCAAGUAUUGAAUUAUAUCAAGAAUCCACGCAAGAAAAGCAAUUUGCAAGAAGGUGCGAAAAAUGCAAAGGCAUGGGCUUCGAAAUCUCUAGCCACUGUCUCGUUUGGAGAUGCUAGUUCGAGCCGUGACGUGUCGGUAAGUCGGGCCCACUGAUGAUGUUUAUAUAGACGAGCUUUUCCUUUUUUUUCUUUUUGUGUUUUUCUCUCGACUACUGUUUUGACAGCGGCUGUGUAAAGAUUAUCGUGUAGUGAAUGGAGCUGCGUUUUGCCUGGAAAAUAGGUGUUGUUCGACUAAACAAGACAGUAUUGUGAGACAUUGUUGUUAAGUCAACACUAACGACACUCGCAAUCACAAUUGUUUGGUACGAGAACACUCGAAAUCCAAGGUAAAACGGUGUCCCAAUGUCCGGUGGAGUUUAUUCUUUCUUAAAAAAUUUAACCGGCAAACGGAAUUCUUGUUUGGGGGCUCAAUAUCUUAUGAUAGGGCACACAAAUGUGUGUGAUGAUGCAAUAGUAAGGUUAAUUUCAAUGUGAUGUAGAAUAGAAUUUGUUUAUUAUUCCAGAAAAAA